AUGUCUGAUACAUUUGAUAUUUAUAAGUUCCUGGAAGACUACCAGAGAUUUCCAUGUCUCUGGCUAAAAAGUGACCCAGAUUUUAAAUUACGGCAUAAACGUGAUGCAGCGGAAGAACUUCUUUUGGAAAGUUCUGGCCUAGAAACAAUAAAAAAUCUACGACUGAAAAUAAGAAGUAUAAGAUGUACAUAUAACCAGGAAGUAACAAAAAUUAACAAAUCAAAGUCUACAGGAUCUGGUACUGCAAAUGUUUAUGUUCCAAAACUGCAAUGGUUUGUGUAUGCUGACAAUUUUUUGAAAAAAAAUAAUGAUGGUGUUAAACAAUCAGAAACAAAUCUAGUAAGUUUUCAAGUUUUUUAA